AUGGCUGAAGCUGUACUCAGUUUUGUUAGUGUAAUCUUGAAUAAGAUACUUCCACUUGCUGCCGACGAGAUCAGCCGGGCAUGGGGUGUAAAGAAAGAUCUUCAGAAGCUUGCCAAGAAAGUAGAGAUGAUGGAAGCUUUGAUUUUUGAUGCUAAAUGCAAGCAAUCAACAAGCAAAGCCGUGCAGCUCUGGCUCAAAAGGCUCCAGUCCAUAGCACGUGAUGCUGAAAUCGUGUUGGAUGACUUCGGAUAUGAAGUUCUGCGGCAGAAGGUUAAGAAUCGGAAGCGCGACAAGGUACGCAACUUCUUUUCUUCCUCAAAUCCUAUUUCCUUUCGUCUAGAGAUGGCUAACAAGAUCAAGAAUGUUAGCGCAUCUCUAGAGGAAGCUUACAGAGAAGCAAAUCAAAUAGGGCUUCAUCCAGUUCAGCUAACCAUGGCCUUUGCUGCUCACAAAGAGGAUCGAUUGACUGUUCCUUUUGUGGACGAGUCAGAAAUGGUGGGAAGGGAAGUUGAGGUAACUCAAGUUGCGAGCAUGUUAAUUAGCUCUGAUUAUAAGAAGGAUUUACCUGUCAUCUCAAUAGUUGGGAUGGGUGGCCAGGGUAAAACAACCCUUGCACAGCUGGUGCUCAAAAAUAAGAACGUAACAGAGCAUUUUGAUAAAAAAAUAUGGGUCUGCGUGUCUGAUGAUUUCAAAGUUGAGAGGCUGUUGAAUGAGAUGCUUCAAUCCCUCGGGGAAAAGAAUGUUGAGACGACAAACAGGGAAGCAUUGGUGACGAGGCUUCAAGAAAAUCUGAAAGGAAAAAAUUAUUUGCUUGUGCUUGAUGAUGUUUGGAAUGACAAUCGAGAGAAAUGGGAUCGCAUGAGGAUAUGUUUGUUGGCAAUAGGGGGUGCUCCAGGAAGCAAAAUAUUGGUUACCACACGUAGUGAUGAGGUAGCCUCAGCAAUGCAAAUAUCUCGUUUGCAUCAUCUACAGAUCCUCUCAGCUGAUCAUAGCUGGAUGUUGUUUGAAAAACUAGCAUUUGCAGAUGGUGGCGCAAGAAUGACUCAAGAUCUGGUGGACAUUGGCAGAAGGAUACUGAAAAAGUGUGGCGGUGUGCCAUUAGCGAUCAAAGUGAUUGGGGGUUUGUUGUAUUCCAAAAAAGAUGCCUCGGAGUGGUCGAAGCUUGACAAGAGUGAAAUAUGGAACAAGUCGACCAUUAAUGAAGGUGGAGUCAUUUCUGUCCUGAAGCUGAGUUACGAGAACUUACCUUCAUUGUCAGUGAAACAGUGCUUUGCGAGUUGUUCCAUUUUCCCGAAGGACGCUGUCAUGGAAAAAGAAAGCUUGAUACGGAUUUGGAUGGCCCAGGGAUUGAUCAAUGAUGCCAAGGGAGGAGGUCAUUUGCAAAUGGAGGAUAUAGGCAGUGACUAUUUCAACUUAUUGCUUCGGAGUUCUUUGUUGCAAGCUACUUCUGAGAAUUCCACUAACGGAAUCAUGUCCUGCCGGAUGCACGACCUUGUGCAUGAUCUUUCACUGCAAGUGUCAAAUAAUUGUUUUUUAAAUACAGAGGAUGGAAUGGUGGUCAGUCAUGAUGAUGAAGUUAUGCAUUUGACCAUCAUUCGGAGUCGAGGGAAGGUGUUAAAGAAUAUCGAAGGGAUUCCUCCAAAUUUGCAAACGCUUUAUUAUCUUGGGGGUGAUGGUAUCAUGCUGGAAGACAUCUUGGAAAGGUCUAGAUACCUUUCUGUAUUAAAAGUAGACUGCUGGUUUGUUACUCAUCUCCCGAAUGUGGUGGGUAAUAUGAAACAUUUAAGACAUCUUGAUAUCAGUAAAACUCGUAUCACUGCUCUGCCAGAUUCGAUCACAAAGCUCUACAAUUUGAUGACCUUAAAAGUGUAUUACUUGGAAGAGAUACCUAAGAAGUUUAGCAAUUUAAUUAACUUGAGGCAUUUCGAGUUUUCAUUGGGUGCUGAUUUGGGCCAAUCAUGUUUGUUCCCUGGAAUCGGGCAGUUGGCUAAUCUUCGGACGUUGCCUUACUUCAGGGUAAGCCAAGAAAAGGGCUGUCAACUUGAGGAGUUGGAACACUUGCACAACCUCCGAGGCGAGCUAAAAAUUUUUGGACUUGAAUGUGUGAGCAGCUGUGAAUCAGCAGCAAAAGCAAAGUUGUUCGAAAAAACAAGCAUUCAACGAUUAAGACUUUCAUGGAAUGGCAAGAAAGAAGAUUGUGACAACAACAGUAUCAAUAGUGUCAUGGAAGGUCUCCAACCUCACCCAGACUUGAAAAGUUUAGCCAUUAGUGGUUUCAAAGGCUCAAGGUUUCCGUCGUGGAUAGUGGCAAAGGAUCACUUGACGGUACUUCGGAAUUUGGUAGGCAUCGAGUUGAGAGGAUUGGGUAAGUGUGAACAAGUACCACCACUAGGGGACUUGCCUUGUCUCGAGUCCUUAGAGAUGUUCUCCUUACACAAUGUGAAGCGUAUUGGGGCUGAAUUCUAUGGUCUCCUAACACAUCUCGAUAUUAAUGCAAGGAGCAGUACUUGUAGUAGCGGUAGCGGAGAGGUGACACCAAUCACUCUGUUUCCAAAACUAACGCGAUUUGUGCUGCGGAGCAUGGGAAGUCUAGAGGGGUGGUCAGAUGCAAUGGUUCCCUCGGAUUCUUCUUCAUCAAUUAAGGUAUUCCCUAAUCUCCAGUGCUUGACAAUCGAAGGUCUCCCCAGGUUGGCUGUUUUACCAGAUAUGGAGAACUUAACGUCUCUUGCGGAGUUAGACAUAUGGGAAUGCGGAAGUUUGUCUUGUAUAAGGAAUUUGAAUAGCCUUACAUCUCUUGAAUCCUUAUCCUUAGGUGGAGGCUGCCCUGCUUUAGAUGCUUCUCUGGAUAUGAAAAACCCCCAAUCCCUACGCACUCUAAGCAUCUCUGGAUGUUAUAAGUUGAAUCUUUCAUUGAGUAAUAAUCUUGAGAAGUUCACAACGCUCCAGCGGUUGAGGAUCUUUUCUCGUGACCCUGGUUGUUGGGCAAAGGGUCUACACCAUCUAGCCAACCUCCGCAGGUUGGAACUCGGUGGCUUCUCUGACGACCUUGAUCAUUUCCCGUGGCCAGACUCCAUCACCAAUGUUGCCAGUGAUGAUGCCAAGGAUUCUACAAUACGGCGUUUCGUCUCUCUGGAGCAUCUUGAAUUGCGUGGAUGGCCAAAAAUCACGUCCCUCCCAGACCAAAUUCAGCAUCUGUCUACCUUGAGAAGGUUAGAGAUACGGGAGUUCGACGGGCUGGAAGUUGUUCCAGAGUGGAUGGGUAGCCUUUGGAAUCUUCGAGAAUUGCGGAUUAGUGAUGGCUGUAACCUCAGACAAUUGCCCUCUGCAGAAGCAAUACGACACCUCACCAAUUUAAAUCAACUACAUAUCGUUAGGUGUCCUCUUUUAGCAGAGAGAUGCACCAAAGGGAGUGGUGCAGAGUGGCCCAAGAUUGCACAUAUUCCCGAUGUUUUAAUAUUUCCAUAA